AAUGACGAGAAAAAGGAAAAAUGUAGAGUCUGAUGAGAAUCCUCCAGCGAAAAACUCAUUUGAAGGAUACGGAUAUGCUGCUGCUGAUGCUGAGAAGAAGCCACAGGAGGAGAGAAACAAUUUCAGAACUUUUCUAGCCAAAAAUGAACGAUUUGGAAGUGGAAAUCGAGGUGGAGGAGGUCGUGGAAGAGGAGGAGAUGGUGGAUUUAGAAGAAAUGAUAGAGGUGGACGUGGUGGUGGUGGAAGAGGAUUCGGUGGUAACAGAGAAUUCAGUGCCGGAGAUUUUGAGAAGCAAUACGGUCGAGUUGGCGGCGGUGAUGACACGAAUUCAGGACAACCGGAUAGCUACGGACAAGCUGAUUCGGCUUCAUUCAACGACUCUCGACCAGAUGGAGAUGGUCGUGAAUUUCCGAAAGAAAUUGUUGGUUAUCUGAGAAGUAUUGAACAAAUCAAGAAGAAAGAGGGAAAAAUUGAAGAUUUUAUUCUGGAAAAGUGUGCUGAAGAAGUUGUUGGCCAGGAGAAAACUCUUCUCUCGUGGACAGAAGCAGCCGUUGUUGUUGAAUCUGUAUUUGGAAGUUGUCCUAAAGGAGCAGCUCUCUUCCUUUCAUCGAUUUCUCGUCUCAAGCAUAAAACAUUAGCUGAGCUGAUUUUCGGAGGAGCUAGUGCUAGGACAAUUGAAAAUUUGAUAUUCUCGAUGUGCCCAAUCGCCGAAUCAGAACAUGUGGAGAUUCUUCAAAAACUAGCAGGAAUUCUUAUGGAUAACUGGGCGGAUGCUGUUACAACACAACCUUCGAGUUUUCUGAUUCGAGCUAUUGUCUGGGUGUGUUGUGGAUUGUCAGCAAGGCCAAAGGUUGGAGAGGAAAAGAAAAGAAAUUACAAAGGACAAGAAAUGAAGGCUAGCUUGAAGAAUGUUUAUGAAAAACUUGCAAUCUUGGCAUUCGAUGAGAAUCUUAAUAAAACCUUUAUGGAUUCUCCGAUUUUUGUGACACUAUUUCAAGAUUUUAUUGAAGCCGAUGGGCUUUGGGGAGACAAAAGAGGUGAUGAAUAUGUGAAGAAGAAGCUCGAAAAGGAAGAUAUUGAAGGAAUCUCGAAGGCAUGGUAUUCAUCAAAUGGAUCUCGUGUUUGGGAUAAGCUGAUGGAAACUUGCUCAGAAGAUGCUCGAAGUCUUUUAUGGAUUGAAUUUUGCAGUAAAAAUGUUGACGAAUUGACAGAUAAUCGAUUCUCAAACUUUCCUCUUCAAAAAAUGAUCAAUAGCUCAACAUCGUUGGAAAUGGUCACUGAAAUAAUUGAAACAAUGGCUCCAAAGUGUUCUUCUCUGCUUGAACAUCAGAAUUCUGGUGUGUUCCUUUCGGUUAUCCGAUGUGCUGCACGAUAUCCAUCAUCCGAGAAAACCAUGCUUCAACAACUGAGAAAAUAUUUCCGCGCAGCUUCAGAGGCAAAGAAAGGACAAUUUUUACUCAACGUGCUUACUUUGAAUGGAUGUGAUGGAAGCAUUUUCGAUACUCAGAAGUUCACACAAAAGGGUACAAUGCUCGUCUCAGAACUUGUCAACUUCUCAAAAACGAAAACAUUGGCAACUGGCUUUGAGCAACUCAGUGAGCAACAAAUUCAAGAAAUGUCAUGUAACAAGUACACUUCUCGUUUGAUUCAAGCUGUUUUGGCUAGUAAGACUAUGCCAGAAGAGAUCAAAGAGAAGAUUAUUGGUGCUUUUGAUAAAAAUUCUUGGGAGACGCUUAUCACUGAUACUUUCGGAAGUCGAGUUUUCGAGAAAAUUUGGGAAUUUGUAGACGUAAAGCGCAAGCAGGAAAUCAUGAAAGUUCUUGUUGGAAUUCAUAAUUCAUCCAAGUUCUGGAAAUUUGCAAUGCUUCGCUGCGAUCUUUACCUGUUCAGAAAAAGCCGGAAAGAUUGGGUUGAAAAGAUGAAAAAGUCUAAGAAUUAAUUAUUUUUGUUGUUGUUACUGUUGAUGUUGUUUGUUCUGUUUUGAAUUUUUGGUCUUAAUGUUUGAUACGAUUUUAUUGAAUUGAGUAAAAAAUUGGAAUUU